AUGACAUACGCCUUUCAAACGCCUGAUAAACUCUGCUUUAUACUGGACCUGAUGAAUGGCGGCGACCUUCACUACCAUCUCUCCCAGCAUGGCGUGUUUAGCGAGCCAGAAAUGCUGUUCUACGCUUCAGAAGUGAUCCUUGGAUUGGAACACAUGCAUAAUCGUUUUGUUGUCUACCGAGACCUAAAACCGGGCCAAAUAUUACUGCUCUUGACGCAGAACGGACAUUUGUGA